GAGCAUCUUGAAGUGAUGAGCAAAAAGCUAUCUAGAAUAAUGGGAAAAUGAUGUUAUGUUUAUUAUUAAACCUCUGAAUAGGAGUGGUGAUACAUUGUUCGGUGGUAAGGAUUAUGUAUAGUCCUGUUUGAAUGGGGAAUAAUCGAGAAUAAAACAGUUGACAGUCCCUGCCAGGGGACACUGACCAAUCAAAAUGUUUGUGGCAGGAGCGACAGGUCUAGGGGGCCCACUGUACCACAGGGAACAAAUGCCAGAAGAUUUCCACGAGUCGUUCAUCGACAAGGGAUACAGGAGUCCCAAGAGUUCGCCAUUUCAAUGCGUCUUGAGCGUAUUUGACACCACGAACGAGACUCUUAACUUCUGGACCCAUUUCCUGCCGUCCUGGUACUUCAUGUGGGUGAUACGUGACCUUUCUGACACCUUGGACUUCCGACACGACAGUUUCACUUGGCCCUUGUUAGCUUACCUCUGCAUGUGCUGCAUAUAUCCCCUUGCCAGCUCCGUUGCCCACACCUUCAAUACGAUGUCCGACAAUGCGCGGCACAUCUGCUUCUUUUUGGACUACAGCGCAAUCUCUGCAUCGGCUUUUGCGGUGGCCAUCGCAUAUAGAGCGUACAGUUUCCCUGAUGAACUUAGGUUUACAUUCCCUGGAGACUGGUUCGUACCGGCAGCCUUCAUAAAUUCCUUGUUUUGUAUCCUGGUUUCAUGCAAAACCAGAUUAAUGCCGCAUAGUAUCACUAGAAAAAUCAUGCGAAUAAGCGCUCUCGGCUGGCCGUGCGUAUUUUCUACAUUCCCUCUUACUUACCGCCUCCUGUCCGGAACACUAUGUGAGAUGACCUUGACCUCUACUUACUACCAUGCCGUCAGUAUCCUGAUGAUGUACGUCGCAGGCUUCCUAUAUGGGACGCAUUUCCCGGAGCGACUGUUUCCCGGACGGUUUGACAUCAUCGGCCACAGCCACCAACUGUUCCACAUGUGCACCAUCCUGGGGACUAUGAACCAGAUCCAGGCAAUCCUGUAUGACAUGAAGGAGAAGAAACGUGAUUUAAUAGAGAAUUGGGAGUUUAAGUCAGCUAGCACUAGUAUUGGCCUGGUUGGAUUCAUUUUGAUGGUCAAUACAGUAAUUGUUGCAGUGUACUCUGUGAUUUUGUAUACGAAGAAGACGAAAAGUGCCUGACAUUCCUGACAUUUGCAGACAUGGCGAAAGACACUUCAGUGCUCCAGAUAGGCCUAAAUGGAAGGACGCUGCGCCCUGCCCUUCUGAAGCUCCGCCUUGCCCUUCUGAGGCCCACCUGCCCUUUAAUUUCUAAAAAAAAUAAAUUGUUUUGUGUGGACAUUUUAAAAUUUAUUAAUCUCGUAUUAAUUACAUUGAUAUUUAUAAAUGGAAAUAAUAUAUUUUAACAAUUAUUAAUUAUACAUUGUAUAGCAAUGAAUAUCCAACAGGGAGCAGUCCAAAUACUACCACGCCCUUUUGACAAAAUAAUGCGCACUUGAAAGUGCCCUUUUGAAAAAAUAGCCCUCCCCCCUGCUCUUUUCAAAUUCUAGCUGGAGCACUGUAGGUGGCAUGUCUUUUGAAAAAUGUGUGGUCUUUUACCAUGCCUGGCAUUGUCUGCUUAUAAUUUUAGGAGACCUGAUCUACUCUUACUGUGUAAUCCCGGUAAAAGAUGUGAGCUGUGUCCAUGUUACCAAUAUGUACAACUGUGUCAAAUAGCCCGGUCUGAGUUAUAGAUUUAUAGAACUUAAUAGAAACCUCUAAAAAAUAAUGGGGCUUUAUGCUUGUACAUGUGUAAUGAAGACUUUUCGGCAGUUAUGCAACAAGUAUUUUUAAUUUUAUAAAACUUUUUUAGGCUAGUUUGCUACUCAUCCACCAUUUACAAGUUUUUAAAAAUUAACAAGAUCAAACUAGCCUGUUUAAAAUGUCCAUAUUGUUUUUAUUACUAACUGGUAAAUAUUAAUUCUAACAUGACAGGCGUUUGGUUUUAUAUGUUAUACAUGUAGACAAAUGAGGUAAUCUACAUGUAGACAAAUGAGGUAAUCUACAUGUAGACAAAUGAGGUAAUCUACAUGUAGACAAAUGAGGUAAUCUACAUGUAGACAAAUGAGGUAAUCUACAUGUAGACAAAUGAGGUAAUCUACAUGUAGACAAAUGAGGUAAUCAAGUGUGUGUUAUUCUGCAAUAUUAUGGUCAAAGUUUUGCAGGUGCUUAAAUGUGCUUUAUCCAAAUAAUUACAUUCCUGUGUAAAGAUUUGAUACAUAAACUUUAUAAUUUAUGCUUCACUUUAUAAUUUCAUUUAAUUUUUUUUAUUUUAGAUGUGUUUGUUUGUAUUUUACAGUCUCUUUAGUAUAGAUUACAAUAACAUUAUGUUGGAUCUUUGUUUUUAUUAAUGAAUCAGAUGUCAUUUUAAUUUGUAUUAAUGAGAUUGAUCUGCAAGUUAUACAUGAAACGUCAAUUUACUUUAAGUGCUCUGUGAAAAGGGGGUUUAAUGCAUGUGCUUAAAGUGUUGUCCCAGAUUAGCCUGUGCAGUCGGCAUAGACUUAUCAGGGACAUCACUUUCUGCUUUUAUGAUAUUUUUCGUUCACAGAGAGUCUUCUUAACAAAGAUCAAGUUUAGACGGAAAGUGUCGUCCCUGAUAAGCCUGUGCGGACUGCAAGGGCUGACCUGGGACGACACUUUACGUACAUGCAUUUAACACCAGUUUCACAGAGAACGGCUCAUUUAUUGUUUGAAACUAAAACAUUUGUCAUAAUCAAAAUUUUAUUCAUGUUGAAACUAAACAUUCAAUCAUGCUUUGUGAUUCACACUAUUGUAGAUUCAUGUACAACAAAAUUUUGUACUCAAUAAGUUUCUUAUAUGUAUGUAUAGAUGUGCAAUUUUUGUAAAACAUUUGUAAUUUUUUAUUAGCUCUCCGCAGCACAUAGUGCUAAUGGGGAGCUUUUACUUUUAAAUGAUUGAUCUAUCACAUAUGUAUACUGCCAAUUGAAGAUGAAACGUCAAUUGUGUUCAAAGUUUAAAUAAAAAUAUCUUGUAUACCACCAGUUGAUGUAUUAAGAAUGAAGCUGCUAGCCUCACUAUGUACUAUUGCCAAAUGAACCACGUCAUGCAAAAAUGGGUUCAAUGCCAUACUGUGCAAGCAUAGAUCCAGACCUGCCGGUGCUUGUACUCAGUCUUGUCAGGAGCUACGCUGUCUACUAUAAAGUAUCGACAGGCUGUGUGGUCUCAGUUGCUGACAGGCUUGGCUGUAGCUUCCCUGGGCACAUAUGGCAUAAGACCCAUUUUCACAUGUUUCGGGUCAAAUGAUUGUUGUCAAGUGCAAUGCCAUUUAAUUUCUGUUCAGGGUAUGAAAAUCUUAGACUUGAUGAACAUGUGUUGUUUUGUUAACCCUUUGCAUGCUGGGAAAUUUGUCGUCUGCUAACAUGUCAGACGACAAAUUUCCCAGCAUGCAAAGGGUUAGCAGACUGAGUAGCCUCUGAUCAGACUGCAUUUAUACAUGUACACUGUAUGUCUGAUUUUACGUUUCUGUAAAGAAUAGGUAGCAAGGCAACCUGGCUUGUUUUUCUUCCUGUAUUGUGUUGCUGUUAUAAUUUGCUGUUAGUUUUUGCAGUUGUAUUGUUACCUGUAGUAAUAGUAUUGUAAUACUGGUUAGUGGUUGUAAGUCGUUAUCUUUCUGUUAUUAUAAAGAGAUGUAUUGUUAGGGUCUGUAUGUGUAAACGUAUGGGCUACAAAAACCUGAUUGGCAUGUAUUUUUUUAGCAAAUUCUUCAUCUUACUUGUAUGGAUUGUACAUUGGAACAGACCUGCUUGUUUUAUUAGACACAUCAAUAAAUUAUGUUUCCACUAUUGUAUACAAGGAAAAAUUGACUCAGUUCAUCAGAUGUUCUGUGAAAAGUUUGCCAAAAUUUGAAAUGUUCUAGCAAUUAGUGAUAAAAGAACAAUUUAUUGUGAUUUAACAAAUGUAAAGUAAUAAAAAGUUGGCAGAAGGGGCUGGUAUUUAACAGACAAACCUGUGUUCACACACUCUUAUUUUGAGGGUUAAUGUUGCUUUGGUUUACAUAUUGCUAUAGGUUAUGUUGAUGUUUUUAUGCCCCCGGAUCGAAAGAUCGGGGGUAUAUUGUUUUUGGCCUGUCUGUCAUUGUAUGUGUUUGUGUGUGUGUGUGUGUGUGUGUGUGUGUGUGUCCAAAACUUUAACCAAAUCUUUAACCUUCUUCAUAACUUUUGCAAUAUUUAACAUAGCAACUUGAUAUUUGGCAUGCAUGUGUAUCUCAUGGAGCUGCACAUUUUGAGUGGUAAAAGGUCAAGGUCAUCCUUCAAGGUCAAAGGUCAAACAAAAUAUUAAAAAACUUUAACCAAAACUUUAACCUUCUUCAUAACUUUUGCAAUUUUGAACAUAGCAACUUGAUAUUUGGCAUGCAUGUGUAUCUCAUGGAGCUGCACAUUUUGAGUGGUAAAAGGUCAAGGUCAAGGUCAUCCUUCAAGGUCAAACAAAAUAUUCAAAAACUUUAACCAAAACUUUAACCUUCUUCAUAACUUUUGCAAUACUGAAUGUAGCAACUUGAUAUUUGGCAUGCAUGUGUAUCUCAUGAAGCUGCACAUUUUGAGUGGUGAAAGGUUAAGGUCAAGGUCAUCCUUCAAGGUCAAAGGUCAUUUUUUUUAUCAAAGCGGCGCAUUAGGGGGCAUUGUGUUUCUGACAAACACAUCUCUUGUUGAUAAAUUUAACUAUCUGAGAGAUUACAAAUGCGUAAAAGUACAUUUCUAAGUAGUAAACUACUAAGUGGAUCAAACUUUAAUACUUAAAUGACAGUAAUGUGUAGAUGAUCAUAAAGAAAGGAAUUAGGGCUGCGUCCCUUUUGUAGCAGAUUUCUGGCCCUGUCUAUUAUUUUCAAUUAUAAAAUAAAUUCAAAUAUAUAUAGUUGCCUUAAUCUUCUGAUUUCAAUUCCUCUUUAACAAAUGAAUGAAUAUAUUUAUGUCCUUAGGACUGCCUUAGCUACUUUUUGAGAUGCAUUGAUAGUGGGAAUGAAUUGUGAAUUCUCCAGCUAUUAAUAUGUGGGCAAAUAGUGUUAUGUCAGUUAAUGUUGAAGGGUAAGCGUAGAAAUCAGAGAUGUGGUAACAACAAUCCUAGUUUACUGAUUAUCAAUUUCUUGAUUUAUAUCUUGUGGUAAUUUUUACUUAAAUGUCAUAUUUUAUAUGUAUCUAUUUUCAUAUGAGAAUCCCACCUUAUUAGCUCGGCGUUUUCGGAGAAAACUCGAGGUAUUUCAUAGCCAGCUUGUCGUCUGCCGUCCGCGUCAUGCUAAAACCUUAAUAUUUUGUUAAGGUUUUGAACAUUGGCUCUAAAAUCAAAUUGCUUCCACCUACAACUUUGAAACUUCAUACAUGCAUGUAUGUAGAUGCACCUUGAUGAGUUCUAUGCGCCACAUCCAUUUUUGGGUCACUAGGUCAAAGGUCAAGGUCACUGUGACCUUUAAAAAAAAAAAAAAAUUCUGACAAGCUUUCAUUUAUUCAAAACUGCACCCGUAGCCGAGCGUGGCGCCAGUUAUGCGGUGCUCUUGUUUUGAAUUAUACUUGUUUUUGUAUAAGCAUACAUGUUUGCUUUGUAUACACAAACAUUUCUGUGUUGGUUGUGGUGCAUUUCAUUUUUAUGAUGUUUUUAUGACUUAACAAUAUUUUAUUCACAUGACUUUUGUGUAGUGCAGUUUUCCUGCUUAGUGACAUCGUUUUUGCUUUACCAUGUUUAAACCCUUUCCCACUCAGAAGCAAAGUGAAAAUGGCUAUUUGCAAACAGCAUGAAACCAGAACAGCCUGCGAGUAACUAGCAGUCUGUUCAGGUUUGAUGCUGUUUGUUACUCAUCAGUAUCUUAGAGUGGGAAAUGAAGCCUUUUAAACUUGAAUAUAUUAAAAAAGGUCUUGAAUUUAACUUUAUUUUCUAAAGGAUUUCAAAUGUGUCAAAGUGCAUUUCUGAGUGGUAAAGCGUUCACUAAGAUAGUGUCAUCUGAAAUCUUUAUAUAUAGCCAUGUGUAGUUGAAAUGCUGGUAUUGCCAUAUUGACAUCCAAGUCGCGUUGACGUCUUUUAAUAAUGACAGUAUUUGCGCAAAUAAUCUUAUUGUUAUUCUACAAGUGACAGUACAUGGAAUACAAAACAUACGUAGCUUUUAAUGUCUAAAUACAUUUGACAUUGAUUUGUAUAAAUUUAAUUGACAAGCUUUUAAGAGUUUUAGAAAUGGGUUAUUUGAUGAUUACUGUCAAGCCAAAAAUACAAUUUGGUUGUUAUAUAGAGUAGAAUAUAUAUUAUUUCAUCCUCUUUUCAUGUACUUCAUUCAUAAUAAAUUGUAUUUCAAGUUACACACUCAAAAUGUAGAUAAAAAACAAACACUGCCAAAUGUACACACCUGUGUAUUUUUCAAUUAUGGUACAUUUUUAAGUUUAUUAUGUAUUUUUUUAACAAAAUAAGAAUACCUAAAGUAUAUUGUUAUGUUUCUGGUAUAUAUUGUGUUACUGUAAUAAAUAUUAUCAAUACCAAAA